GCUGGAGAUACAAAUACUGAUCAAAACCAAAAUCAAAGCCAAAAUCCAAAUGCUAAUCAAUCUGGCAAUUCAUCAAACUCUAUAAACCUUGAUCCUACUCAGCCUAAUAGCCCAUAUUUCAUUGGAAGCAAUGACAGUACUGGAGCCUUGCUCGUAACUCACACCUUGGAUGCUAACAAUUAUCAUUCAUGGGCGAGAUCAAUGAAAAGAGCAUUGAGAAUCAAAAAUAAAUUGGGAUUCAUUCAUGGAAGCUUAAGUGAACCAGCAAACCCGAAUGACCCACUCAUGGAAUACUAGUUGGUUGUAAUGACAUAGUUAUUACCUGGAUACAGAACACAAUGGCAGUUGACAUCAAAUGUAGUACCACAUAUGCUGAAACGACGCAUCACCUAUGGAUUGAGCUGGAGCAACGUUUUGCUCAACAAAAUGCACCUCGAAUCUUUGAAAUCAAACAAGCCAUAAGUAUGCUAUUGCAAAACCAAGAUCCUGUAAGUGUUUAUUUCUCCAAAUUCAAAACACGUCUAGAUGAACUCAUGAACUAUGAAACUGUACCUAACUGUAAUUGUGGAGGUUUGAAGACAGUCAUUUAGAAUCAACAAAGGGACUGCGUAAUGAAAUUUUUAAUGGGCUUGUGUGAUUCAUAAAGGAAUUAAGGCACAAAUCCUGUUGAUCAAACCAUUUCCCAGUUUAAAUGAAGUUUACUUGAUAAUACAAUAGGAAGAGAAAGAAGGGAGAUAUCAACUGAAGGAUACUUACAUGAAUCUAUGGCUCUUCUUGCAAAGGGAAAUUUCAAAGAAAAGGGAAGGCAAAACACUUAUGCGCAGAAGAAAGAUAGAUACUACUGCACUUUUUGUAAAAUUGGAGGACACUCACUUGAUAGAUGCUUCAAGGCAAACCCAGACAGACCAAUUUGUACCCACUUUCAAAUUCUUGGCCAUCAAGUGGACAAAUGCUACAAACUUCAUGGCUAUCCUCCAGUCCACAAAUUUAGUGGAAAGGAAAAGGUAUCAGCAAAUCAAGCUAUGACAUCUUUAUCUCCAGCACAAGGGGUUGGAAACAGCAAAUCUCAGGUGUCCUUAAGUCAAAAACAAAUUUCACAGCUCAUGGCUCUUCUCAAACCUGUCACUAACUCUCAAAGCCAGAACCACUCAACCAACAAUGAUCAAAGUGUCAUUACCUCCACCUCCACUGAUGAAAAUUUACACCUACUAUCUGGUAUGUCCCUAUGUAUGUCUGUUAUCAAACUAAAAUAUCCUAACAUGUUGAAUGUUCCUUGGACACUCGACACAGGAGCAACAGAUCAUAUGAUCUACUCCAGUUCAUUCUACUCAUCAAUUCGUACUGAGGCUGAAUAUUCCAUAGCUCUACCAAAUGGCAACGUGGUCCCUGUUACUCACAUAGGGACUGCAAAGGACCUUUCAACUUGGAAGACGAUUGGUAUGGGUGAAGUAAAAGAAGGGCUGUAUCACAUGAUGGUCAAAGAUGUUUCCUCUUCAGCACUAUCAGAUUACCUGAACAAAUUACAUAUUCAGACCCAAAUUCCUAUAUCAGCUUCAGCUACCUCAAAUAUUCAAGACUUUGAUGUUUAGCAUUACAGAUUAGGACACACUUCUUACUCUAUUCUUAGUGUUGAUGGUGAUUUUCAAUUCUCCAAAUCAUCUAAUAAUAAAUUUUGUUCCAUAUGCUCUCUGUCUAAAUUGCACAAAUUACCUUUUUACACAAGCAAUCACAAAACUGACAAAUGCUUUGAAUUAUUACAUUGUGACA